AGCAUUCACCUUUGCAUACAAGACCACAAAAAAGAAGAUGGAGAAAAGCACAAUUGACAAUAUAACAAAAAUGAAAUAUUUUGAUGGAAGCAAAAUAAAAAUUAGAAAACGUUAUAAACUUAUCCAAACCACCACGCAGUUUCGACUCCUAGAAUAAAAACCAUCAAAUGAAAAUACUGUAUAAUGUGGAAAGGAUGACACAAAAUGAUUUUGAGUUUCAAAAGAACAGAGGAGAAGUUUUCAAAGGGGAACAAAGAAAUAGUUACCCAUAGCAGAGACUUGAUUGACAACCCUCUCUUUUUUUUCAACCCUCUUCUGAUUCUCGUAUUGCAGAACCAACAACAAUUUGUUGGUUGAUUGUUUUUGUAAAUGUGGGAGGGUGGCGAUUGCAUGGAAGGUUGUUAAGGCAAUGUGUGAGAGUGGUGUGGCACCAGAUGUUGUUACUUACAGUUUCUUGUUGGAUGGUUUGUGCCAAGGGCAACAUCUUGACCUGGCGGUUGUGUUGUUUAACCAGCUGAUUAAGAGGGGCAUGGCACUUGAUGUUUGGAGUUAUAGUAUAUUGAUUGAUGGGUGUUGCAAGAAUCAGAGGAUAGAUCUGGGAGAAUCUCUUAUGCGUGGAAGCUUGUUAAUGAGAUGCAUGACAAUGCUCCACCCCUGGAUGUUAUCAAUUACAUUGAUGCACUUUACAGAAACCAGCAUCUUGGUAGCAAGUGCCUUGCUUCAGCAUAUUGUUGAUGGAGGAGUCUGUUAAUAUAUAUCACGCAUAACUAUACUUACCAAUGGUUCGUAUGAAGUCGGAACACCUAAUGCUGCACUUAAUUUUGCAAGCAUCUUUUAAUGAAGGGAUGUUGUCAACAUGCCCAAAAAUAUACCACUAUGAUCAAUACACUUUGUGAGAAGAGAGAUUGUUUGAUGAACAAUGAGCUUGCUUUAAAAGCUGGAAAAUUUCUCACUCUUCAGAAAAACAGCACAAGAUUGAUAAGAUGAGAAACUUCUUCAUGAAGUGGUCACUAGAUAGAAGUCUUGUAAGGU